CAGGCCGCGGCCGCCAGUCGGCGCCGCCCGCAGCCGGGAGCGCGGCCCGAGCGAGGCGCGGGCUGUGGGGCCGCGGCGUACCCGGCCCCGCUCGCCCGUGCCCGCCCGCCAUGCCCGGCUUCGACUACAAGUUCUUGGAGAAGCCCAAGCGGCGGCUGCUGUGCCCGCUGUGCGGGAAGCCUAUGCGCGAGCCCGUGCAGGUCUCUACCUGCGGCCACCGCUUCUGCGACACCUGCCUGCAGGAGUUCCUCAGUGAAGGAGUCUUCAAGUGCCCUGAGGAUCAACUUCCUCUGGACUAUGCCAAGAUCUACCCAGACCCAGAGCUGGAGGUACAGGUAUUGGGCCUGCCUAUCCGCUGCAUCCACAGUGAGGAGGGCUGCCGCUGGAGUGGGCCCCUUCGCCACCUACAGGCCCACCUGAAUACCUGCAGCUUCAAUGUGGUCCCCUGCCCCAACCGCUGCCCCGCCAAGCUGAGCCGCCGGGAUCUGCCUGCGCACCUGCAGCACGACUGCCCCAAGCGGCGCCUCAAGUGCGAGUUCUGUGGCUGUGACUUCAGCGGGGAGGCCUUUGAGAGCCACGAGGGUGUGUGCCCACAAGAGAGUGUGUACUGCGAGAACAAGUGCGGCGCUCGCAUGAUGCGGCGGCUGCUGGCCCAGCAUGCCACCUCUGAGUGCCCCAAGCGCACCCAGCCUUGCACCUACUGCACCAAGGAGUUUGUCUUCGACACCAUCCAGAGCCACCAGUACCAAUGCCCGAGGCUGCCGGUGCCGUGCCCCAACCAGUGUGGCGUGGGCACCGUGGCUCGGGAGGACCUGCCGGGCCAUCUCAAGGACAGCUGUAGCACUGCCCUGGUGCUGUGCCCAUUCAAAGACUCCGGCUGCAAGCACAGGUGCCCUAAGCUGGCAAUGGCGCGGCAUGUGGAGGAGAGCGUGAAACCACACCUGGCCAUGAUGUGUGCUCUGGUGAGCCGGCAGCGGCAGGAGCUGCAGGAGCUGCGGAGAGAGCUGGAGGAGCUUUCCGUGGGCAGCGAUGGUGUGCUCAUCUGGAAGAUUGGCAGUUACGGACGCAGGCUACAGGAGGCCAAAGCCAAGCCCAACCUUGAGUGCUUCAGCCCUGCAUUCUACACACAUAAGUAUGGCUACAAGCUGCAGGUGUCUGCGUUCCUCAAUGGCAAUGGCAGUGGUGAGGGCACGCAUCUCUCGCUUUACAUUCGCGUGCUGCCAGGUGCCUUUGACAAUCUCCUUGAGUGGCCCUUUGCCCGCCGCGUCACCUUCUCCCUGCUGGAUCAGAGCGACCCUGGGCUGGCUAAGCCACAGCAUGUCACUGAGACCUUUCACCCUGAUCCAAACUGGAAGAAUUUCCAAAAACCAGGCACUUGGCGGGGCUCCCUGGAUGAGAGUUCUUUGGGCUUUGGUUACCCCAAGUUCAUCUCCCACCAGGAUAUCCGCAAGCGAAACUAUGUGCGGGAUGAUGCAGUCUUCAUCCGUGCCUCUGUUGAAUUGCCCCGAAAGAUCCUCAGCUGAGAGCAGACCCAGCUGCAGGAGAAAGAGGGGGUGGGAAAUGACCUCCAUCAGGCAGGCUGAGCCUGGAGAGGGGGCCGGACCCCCUGACAGCUGCUGCUGCUGCCUGGGUUCUGUUCCCCUCCCUCCUUCCCCACCACCCUCAGGUGCCUCCUAUUGGUGCUUCAGCCCUGGCCUCUGGGAAGAGCAGGUCUUAGGGUCAUCAAGGGCUUGGAAACAAGUGAUCCCAGAGCCUGUCUCCUGGACAGGGCAGACAUGCCUUGGUGCUGGCCACACUCUUCCUGGGACUGAGGUGCCUGCUGGUGCUAUGUCCCAAGAGCCAUAGGGGGGGAGGGGGAGUUGGGAAACGGGGGUAGUUAAAGAAUCUGUCUUCAGCUCCGAUUUCUCCUUUCCCCAGCUGUGUCCCCUCUGGUUAUUUAUUUACUUAGUGCCAGGAGGGCACAGCAGGGGAGCCCUGAUUUUUAAUAAAUCUUGAAUUGUAUUUAUUAA